AUGGCAGAUGCUAACGCAGAAUGCAAUAUCAAGGUUUUGUGUCGAUUUCGUCCCAUGAACAAGUCGGAAAUUAUCCGCGGAGAUAAGUUCAUCCCAAUAUUUAAAGGAGAAGAUACUGUCAUCCUCGGGGGGAAGUCCUAUGUGUUUGACCAGGUGUUCCCGACUAACACCACCCAGGUACAGGUCUACAACACCUGCGCCAAGCAGAUUGUCAAAGAUGUACUGGGUGGAUACAAUGGGACUAUCUUUGCCUAUGGGCAGACUUCUUCUGGAAAAACACACACCAUGGAGGGGAACCUUCAUGAUCCCCAGGGAAUGGGAAUCAUUCCCCGGAUCGCAGAGGACAUUUUUGAACAUAUAUUUGCUAUGGAUGAGAACCUAGAAUUCCACAUAAAGGUCUCCUACUUUGAGAUCUACAUGGAUAAAAUCCGGGACCUGCUUGAUGUGAAAAAAACCAACCUGUCAGUGCAUGAAGACAAAUACAGAGUUCCGUAUGUGAAGGGCUGCACAGAGCGCUUUGUCACGAGUCCUGAGGAAGUGAUGGAUGUGAUAGAUGAAGGAAAAGCCAACCGACAUGUUGCUGUCACUAACAUGAAUGAGCACAGUUCCCGCAGUCACAGCAUCUUCUUGAUAAACAUCAAACAAGAAAACGUGGAGACGGAGCUGAAGCUGUGUGGGAAGCUAUACCUGGUCGACCUAGCUGGGAGUGAGAAGGUCAGUAAGACGGGUGCAGAGGGAGCAGUGCUGGAUGAGGCCAAGAACAUCAACAAGUCUCUGUCGGCCCUGGGGAACGUCAUCUCAGCCUUGGCUGAAGGAACGAAAUCUCACGUGCCGUACCGUGACAGCAAAAUGACUCGAAUCUUACAGGACUCGCUUGGCGGGAACUGUCGCACCACCAUGUUUAUCUGUUGCUCUCCCUCCAGCUACAAUGAUGCAGAGACCAAAUCCACCUUGAUGUUUGGCCAACGAGCCAAGACCAUUAGAAAUACUGUAUCAGUGAACCUGGAGCUCACAGCAGAGCAGUGGAAGAAGAAGUACGAAAAGGAGAAGGAGAAGAACAGGUUAUUGAAGGAGACAGUUCAAAGACUGGAGACUGAGCUGAAUCGCUGGAGGAAUGGUGAGGAUGUUGCUGUGUUAGAGCAUCUGAGCCCAGAAUCGGAGGACGUCCCCCUGGUGCCUCCUAAAUCCGAGGAGCUGCUUCUUGACAUCUGCAGUCCCUGCAGCCCUUGCUCCAUUGCCUCCUCCAUUGUGGUUCACAUCUCUGAGGAGGAGCGGCAGAAGUAUGAGCAAGAGAUCCGCAAGCUUUACAAACAGCUGGAUGAAAAGGAUGAUGAGAUCAACCACCAGAGCCAGAUGGUGGAGAAACUGAAGGAGCAGAUGCUUGACCAGGAGGAGCUUCUAGCAUCAUCCCGGGGUGACAGCGAGAGGGUGCAGUCGGAGCUCGGCAGGCUGCAGACUGAGAAUGAUUCUGCCAAGGCCGAGGUGAAGGAGGUCCUCCAGGCCCUGGAAGAGCUGGCAGUCAACUACGACCAGAGGAGUCUGGAGGUCGAGGAGAAGAGCGUUCAGAACAAACUGCUGGCUGAAGAGCUUGCAAAGAAAAUGGCUCAGCUCAUGGCUUUAGAGGCGGAGCUGUCUCGUAUCCAGGAAGUGAGCAGCCACCAAAGGAAACGCAUCGCUGAGAUCCUCAACGGGCUGAUGAGGGACCUCAGUGAGUUCAGUAUCAUCGUUGGAAACAGGGACAUCAAGCUGUCCGUGGAGAUCACCGGUGCGAUCGAGGAGGAGUUCACAGUGGCCCGCCUCUACAUCAGUAAGAUAAAGUCAGAGGUCAAGUCCAUGGUGAAGCGCUGUCGCCACCUGGAGAACCUUCAGAUGGAGUGUCAUCGCAAGAUGGAGGAGACGGGUAGAGAGCUGUCCUCAUGUCACCUCCUUGUUUCACAGCACGAGGCAAAGAUCCGCUCUUUAACGGACUACAUGCAAAGUGUGGAGCUGAAGAAGAGGAAGCUGGAGGACAACUACGACUCUCUGAGCGAGGAGCUGGCCAAACUCCAAGCUCAAGGUAGACUAAUCCGGGAGAAUCACUCGCCUGCCCCGGAUUCCUGUGAUAUAAAGAGGGCUCUGGAGCAGCAGAUGGAGUCGCAUCGUGAGUCGCACAGCAAACAGCUUGGGUGCCUUCGAGACGAGAUCAAUGAGAAGCAGAAGAUCAUCGACGACUUAACUGAUUGUAACCAGGAGCAGCAGCUUGAGUUGGAGCAACUGCACUGUGACUUUGAAUAUCUCAGGAGCCAAGAACAUCACAAGAGCCGGCAGCUGGAGGAACUGACAUUUCUCCACGAGCGACAUGAGCAGUCAAAGAGGGACCUCAAAGGGCUGGAGGAGACUGUUGCUCGUGAACUCUACACCCUGCACAACCUCCGCAAGCUUUUUGUUCAAGACCUCACGACUCGAGUUAGAAAAAGUGCACGGAUGGAGCUUGAUGAUCGUGGGGGAUAUAUCACCCAGAAACAGAAGAUUUCCUUUCUUGAAAACAACCUGGACCAGCUUUCAAAAGUUCACAAACAGCUGGUACGUGACAACGCAGAUCUUCGCUGUGAGCUUCCAAAACUGGAGAAACGGCUUCGUUCUACAGCUGAGAGAGUUAAGGCGCUGGAGGGUGCGCUGAAGGAGGCGAAGGAGGGAGCCAUGAAGGACCGCCACCACUACCAGCAGGAGGUGGAGCGCAUCAAAGACGUGAUGAGGGUUCGCAAUCCCUUCCGAAGGCCCCAUGCUGCACUGAUAGCCAAGCCUGUGCGCGCCGGCCACUACCCACCGUGCUCUCCCACCAACCCCUUCUUCAUCCGAGGCUACAGAGAACACCCCGUUGCCUUCUGCAAAGCUGAUUUCCACAACAGCAAAAACCAACAAACAGCUGCUCCGGCUGCUCCUGCAGCACCAGAGAGUGAGCCCAGGUUACCCGAGACCAACUCCAACCAGAACAGCCCCACCAAACACCUCGACUCCCAAAACAAUGAUCCACAAGACAACGACGCUCAGGAAAACAUGCUUCGAGCUGAACCAGCGAGCCAAGCAGACAAGAACACAGCAGAGAUGCUUGAUUCAGAGAAUGGAAACACCACAGAUAUCAAUGACAACAGGACCCAGCCAAACUCUACAGCCUGCAGCCGGAGGCCUCAGCCAGCUAAUAGUCCUGGGCAAGCAGAUGUUUUUUUUCCUGAGGCCUCCUUUGUAAAUCUGCAUGCAGCUGAUCACUGUCCUCCCAGCCUCUCCUUCCUCUCUCAUCCCCACCUGCUGUAAACAGACCCUUAUCUCUCCAG